AUGUUGAAUACCUCAAAGAACGGCGAAUCCGCCCUCGCAUCUCGGGAAAAGCGAUUGAUAAGGCGCAGAUUGCCAGAUCCCAAUUUGCAUAUCUCCGCUUCUUCCUCUUCCAUCACAUCCAACAGCAGCAACAACAACGACAACAAUGCCAAACCGCAAUCCAUCAUCGACUUUACAUCCAACGACUACCUCUCGCUCUCUCUCUCCCCGCUCCUCCGCGCGCACUUCCUCCACAAACUCACCACCGCACCCGACAUCCUCGGUUCAGGCGGCUCCCGUCUCCUCGUAAACACACCCACGCACCAAUCCCUCGAAAACCGCCUACGCGAAUUCUUCCACUCUCCCGCCGCCUUACUCUUCAACUCGGGCUUUGACGCCAACGUCGGGUUCUUCGCGUGCGUCCCGCAGGAGGGCGAUGCGAUUGUGUAUGACGAAUAUAUACACGCUUCGGUGCAUGAUGGGAUGAGGAGUUCGAGGGUGGAUCCCAAGCUGCGGCUUUCAUUUGCGCAUAACAACCUACGUGACCUUAGGAGGGUUCUGGAAUCCCUCCUCCAAGCACAAACACCCGAUUCAGAUUAUGGAAGACGGUUUAGAGAAGGCCGGAGUACGGUCUUUUUAUCCGUCGAGUCGCUCUACUCGAUGGACGGGACGUUUGCGCCUCUCAGGGAGAUGGUGGGGUUGCUGGAGGAGGUGUUUCCGAGGGGGAACGCGUAUUUGGUGGUGGAUGAGGCGCAUGCGACGGGGGUGUAUGGACCGGCGGGACGUGGGAGGGUGGCGAUGGCGGGGUUGGAGGGGCAUGAGAGGGUGCUGGCGCUGCUUGUGACGUUUGGGAAGGCGUUGGCUGCUACCGGUGCGGUGAUCCUCACCACCCCGCUAAUCAAAGACUAUCUCCUCAACUACGCCCGCUCGCUCAUCUACACCACCUCGCUCAGCUCAGCCGCUAUCAUCGCCGCCGACGCUUCAUUCGACAUGCUGCAAAACGGUGUAGCCGACCAACUAGCGAAGAAACUGUUCAGUCUCUCGACGUACCUCGUUGAGACGCUGCAGAGAAAGUUGGAGGAGAGGGGUGUACCGAGGAGUGUGGUGGGGUUGCCGGGGCAUUUGGUUGAUUGGGAGUCUACUGUUAUUUCCUCGCCGUCCCCGCUCGAGUCAGCAUCUCGGCCUGAACUACCGAAUACAAAAGACCCAACACCCAUCAUCCCACUCCUCACACCCCACCCGCGGCCGCUCUCCGCUUACCUCCUUACCCACCUACGAAUUAAUGCUAGGCCUAUCACUUGGCCUACGGUUCCGAAGGGUAAAGAUCGCGUACGCAUAUGUCUGCACGCGGGGAACACGAAGGAGGAGGUGGAUAGGUUGGUUAAGGGUGUUGUGGAGUGGGCGGAGAGUGUUAUUCGGGAGGAACGGAACCAGGGGGUAGUCAAGGGACGGAGGGGAAAUGGAGGUGUGGGAGGUGUGGGAUCUGAAGUCGCUGUUGCUAGUAAACUCUAA